AUGAUAUUUAUUUUAUCUUUAUUAUAUCAUUUAUUGAAUUAUUUUGGUCAUGUUUCUGUACGUUCAUCAAUUCCAUCAUUAUUUACAAUAACAUGGCAAAUUAUUACAUUUAUAUUAAGUGAAGAUUUUAUAUUUUUUUGGACACAUUAUUUAUUUCAUGCACCUAAUCCAUGGGAAUUAUUAUUACAAAAUCAACUUGCUGUUUGGUUUGCAUCAAUAUUUUUCAAUGAAAAACAUUUAUUUACAAUAUGUUUAUGGGUAUUUAUUCGUAUUUAUCAAACAAUAAAUGCACAUGACAAUAAGAAAUAA